UGGAUGCUAACUUUACAUUGACAUUGUGCUGUAUAUAUUUAAAAUUAAAAUCCUUUGGUAUAUUUAAACUCUAUAUUUUCUUGAUGACAAUUUCAAUUAUUUUAUUAUUUAUUGAAAUGGAAGAUUACAGUAAUAUAAAUAUACAUUUAAAAUACAAGACUAAAAAUAGUGCACAAAAGUAGUUGUGUUUCCUGUGCGUGUGGUGUCAGCCGGUCCCAGUCCCUGUGGUCCUCACCGUGCACUGUGCAGGCCUGAUGGCGCGCUGACUGCAGCCCAGGACAUGGCCUUGUUUGUUCACAGUUCCCCCCUCUCUGAAAAGAGUUAUGCUGUCUGUUUUGAAUGGACAGCGUUUUUCUUUGUGUGCUCGAUCAAAACAGAGGGCAAAGUUAGUCAGCAAGUUGCAUAGCUUCUGCAUUCUGAGUCUUCAAGCCUCUUUUGUAUGAAGUUUAGCACAAUGUUGUACUCUGUUGACCUAAAUGGCUCGGCAAAGGUAGGAGCUUCUUUUUUUUUACUGGGAAACCACAAAAAAACAAUGAAAGGAGUGGACAAAGCGAUUGUGGCAAAGUCCUUUAGAAAAUGGAAAAGCAGCUCUCUAAGGUCCAGAACCAUGGAGAAGCCGGAUGAGCCAUCGCAGGAGAGUCAGGGGGAGAGGAGUCUGUCCAACUGCACCUGUGAAGCCCCUCGACUUGGCCAGGAACCACUGGAUAAUGAAUUACAGGAUCAGCUCCUGAGAGACAGCUAUUGUGAAAGAACCAACCAGGCUGGACAGCGUGGAUCUUCCGUCUUGUUUAACACAGCGCUCAGAAAACAACAGUCGAAGAUGGAUUCUGAUGGUGAGGAGCAAACACUGAAAACCUGUAACAGCAGCACAGGGUCAGCUGACUGCGUUACUGAGGCCCACAGCCCAUAUGGGUCCGUGGCGAGAAAGAGGAGCGCUCAAGAAGGGGUGCAGGGCGCCCCGGUCAACAAGAGAAAGUCCCUGCUGAUGAAGCCCCGCCACUACAGCCCCAGCGAGGCAUGUGAAGAGGAGAGUGAGGACCUGGCAGCGCCACAGGACAAAGAAGAGCUGAGGAACAUUGACACUCCAGCAGACGACAACUUAAACGUCAAUGGGAUGGCCAGCAGAAAUGGCUUCCACGAGGCAACAGUAAAGUCCGCUGAUCCACUUGGCUGGUCAGAAUUUCCCUCUGAUAGCUCCCCACAUUGUGACACAGACACAGCUGAAGCCAUGAUGGAUGAAGAUGAGGAAGAGCUUCUUCACACCAGAGAAGAAGAAGACCAAAGUCAGGAUAGAGUGAGCAGCACAUCAUCUCCUCAGAGUGUGCUGGGAGACCUGAGGGGGGCGGAGUGGGAAGGUCUCUCUGCCAAGGUGAACGGCUCAGGCUGCAGUCUCUCCAAAGCCUACGAUGACUUCUCUGUCAGGAACGGUCACGUAAAAGAAGAGCCUCCCUCAGAACCCGUGGGCCCCUUGAGCCGGGAGGGUGUUUUCCAGGCCGAGGCUUUAAGGUACAGACCCCCCACAUCAGACGAGGACAGCGAAGGGGAGACAGAAGCAGAGAGGCCACCCCGGCUGAACAACUGGGCUCUGGGCUUCCACGAGCGAGGCUUGGAAAUGAGCCGGGGGAGGGUGAACUUCAGCCUGCUGGAGCAGGCCAUUGCGCUGCAGACGGAGCAGAGACAAGUCUUACAUCACGCCUACAGGGAAAUGGACCGGUUCCUCCUGGAGCAGAUGACCAAUGAGAGACGCCACCAGAGGAUGAUGGACAUGGACACCAGACUGAACUAUCAUGGAGGAAAAGAUUCUCCUCGAAUGGAUAAAAAGGACAUCAGGUGUCCAACUCCUGGCUGCGAUGGCACAGGUCAUGUGACUGGUCUCUACCCACACCACAGGAGUUUGUCCGGGUGUCCUCACAAAGUCCGGGUCCCCCCUGAGAUCCUGGCUAUGCAUGAGAACGUCCUCAAGUGCCCCACACCGGGAUGCACAGGAAGAGGUCAUGUCAACAGCAACCGUAGCACCCACCGGAGUCUCUCUGGCUGCCCCAUCGCCGCUGCAGUCAAAGUAUCCAAACCUCAGGAUGACAGCCUGAAGUGCAGACAAACACUGGACCGCUCACCAAGAGCCAUCGGCUUGAUCAAAAAGUUCGAGAUGAAUCAUUUGAACUACAGGCUCUCUCAUCCAGUAGCAGCGUUGCACACUAGCCUCACAAAAGACAUGGACAAGUACAGCAGAAUCCGCUUUGAUUACGCCAGCUUUGAUGCACAGGUCUUCGGCAAACAGACUCUGAUGGGGACCAACCAGGACCAGGAAAUGUCAGCGUUUCCUGAAUCACCUCAGCAUUAUCCUGGCUUCCUGGGGGCACCAGGUGGCCGUCUGAGCACCUCUGGUCAGCACAGUCCACCCAGUCAAUUCAGAAAAGAUGGUCUCCAAGCCGAGGCGGCAACAACCGCCAUUCUUAACCUCUCCACCCGCUACCGCAAGGAUGUGGAGGCUGUCGCUAGCUUGCCCUUGGCAACUCCUCCAAAGGACAUGCCCAUAGAAGUGGAUGAAAAUGGCACCUUGGACUUGAGCAUGAAGAAGUGCAAAGAGAACGUGAGAGUCCAGGUGAAGACACCUCCGGAGGAACACCUGUCUCCUUCUCUUCAUCCUCCUCCUCCUCCUCCUCUUCCUCCUCCUCCUCCCGAGUUCACUGUGGCCAAUGGUGGAAACGUGCUCAUCAGCCCUGCCUUCUAUCAGCAGCUGUGUGACACAGAGAGCUGGGAAAACUCCAUCCCCGUCAACUUCAGCAAAGUGCACAUUCUACAGGACAAAGAGGAGGACUAUGAUCAGGUCUCCUUGGAGGAGCAGUUCUAUCCAGGUGACGGCAGCAUGAUGAGCCCCAAAGCCAAGCUGCUGCUCCGAGAGUCCAAGAAAGAGCUCCUGAGCUGUCCGACCCCAGGCUGUGAUGGCAGUGGUCAUGUGACGGGGAAUUAUGCAUCACAUCGGAGUGUGUCUGGAUGUCCCCUGGCUGACAAAACACUCAAAUCACUGAUGGCAGCCAACUCUCAGGAACUAAAGUGUCCAACACCUGGUUGUGAUGGCUCUGGACAUGUGACUGGAAACUAUGCUUCACACAGAAGCUUGUCAGGAUGUCCCCGUGCCAGAAAGGGAGGUUUGAAGCUGACACCAAACAAGGAUGAAAAAGAUGAUACAGAACUGAAGUGUCCAGUAAUUGGCUGUGACGGACAGGGCCACAUAUCAGGAAAAUACACAUCCCAUCGCAGUGCAGGCAGUUGUCCACUGGCUGCCAAAAGACAGAAGGAGUCGUCUAUCAACGGUCUGCCGUUUCCCUGGAAGACCAACAAACAGGAACUGCCCCAUUGUCCUCUGCCCGGCUGCAAUGGCCUCGGACAUGCCAAUAAUGUGUUUGCCACUCACAGAAGUCUGUCGGGUUGUCCACUGAAUGCACAGAACAUCAAGAGGAAACACACCGAGGAGGAAAUGAUGACGAUCAAGCUGAGAGCGAGCAGCGGUGUUGAAAACAAAGAAGACAUGCAGCACUUGGACCACGAAAUAAAGGAACUGAAUGAAUCAAACAUGAAGAUAGAAGCCGACAUGAUGCAGCUCCAAACACAGCAGAUCUCCUCGAUGGAAUGUAACCUGAGGACAAUUGAGGAGGAGAACAAGAUGAUCGAGCAGCACAACGACAGCCUUCUGAAGGAACUGGCUCGCCUCAGCCAAGCUCUCAUCAACAGCCUCACAGAUAUUCAGCUGCCUCAAAUGGGACCCAUCAGUGAGCACAACUUUGAAGCCUAUGUGAACACAUUAACUGACAUGUACAACAACUCGGAGCACGAAUACUCUCCUGAGUGCAAGGCCCUGUUGGAUAAUAUCAAACAGGCCAUAAAGGGCAUCCAUGUUUAAGGUGCAGAGCGCCACCUGCAGGCGUCUUGACUACAUAGCUCUAUUUUACUGAGGAGUGCUGGCGUGGCUGCAUGUAUGAGAGGAAGCUUUUGGGAAUGUUCUCUGGCACUUCCUGGAAAACACACUGCACUGGAGAUAAAGAAAAAAAAAGUGGGCAGCCGGAUCUGAGAUACUUUUAUUGUUUCUGUAUUCACUUGAUAUGUUUAAAUCCCUGCUGAGAUUUUAUUUUUUACCCCUAUGGCACUUAAUGAUUGUGUAUGGUUUGCUUGGUUUAAAUCUGUUUGUGUUCACGUCAUUCUUAAAUUAUCACUAUUUAUUAUCUAUAUUAUUCAUAUUAUGAUUAUAUCUGUUUGUCGGUGUAUUUAUUUCCUCCCGCUUUAAUUUAUUCCUCCAAAAUCUGUAAAUGCUGAUGUUUUUUUUUCUGCACACUGUAAAUGACAUAGAAGCACAUUCCAAUUUCCGUGGCAUACUUUUGCCAUCUAGUGUUGAAAACCUUUUACUGUCGCUAAAAUCAAUGAACCACGAGUUGGUUUUUCCCUUCAGAGUAAAAGAAAGAAGAAGAAUAAUAAGAGAAAAAUACUACCAAAAUUACUAAGUAUCAUUGCUUUGACUUUGUUUAUUGGAAACUGAAUGUAUGUGGAGCCAUUGCAGAUGCUUAGAUUUUCAAGGAAUGCAAUGGAACUGUACUGUAUCUAUUUUCUCAAAGUACAACAAUGAGGUGACACUGAGAGAAAACAUGCAACAUCACUCGGUGAGGUGAAUGUUCAGAGGUUCUGAUUUGUAUUUCAUGCUUCACAGAGUGAAACAAAAAUCCACUUUGUCCAAAUAUCUUACUUUUUUUUUAAAAAUAUAGAUAUUAUAACUGCCUUCUGUGCACACACCGUGGGGUGUGCAUAUAGUAUGUGCCUAAAUGUAUAUGAAUUCAUAAAAAAUACAAGUACUAUGUUUUGUGGUAGGACAGUAUUAUGUGAAUGGUGUCUAAUUUAUUCUACAGUACAAUUAUUUUUCAUAGAAGGGAAACCUUCCUGAUGACUGUUUAUAUACCCUUGUCUCAGUAGCUGUAAUCCCACAGUCGGAAGUCAUGACUGGGAUUAUCACAAACUGGCUGUUUAAUUUGAAUUUUUGGCACCAGGCAAAGAGUAAGAAGUGAAGAGGAGAUAUUUACACACAAAAAAAGGGAGAAAUCCAUAACAGUUCCUAUUUAAGUUCAAGCCUUAACUUUUGAAGCAGUUUAGAUUCUUCUAUCUUUUUAAUGUUUUAAUCACCAAAUGCAAAAUCUGGGAUUUUAAAGAAGAUGUUUGCUAAUCUGAUAUUUGUUUGCUUCAAUUGCACUUUUUUUCUUACUUAUUUUAAUUGUUAAUGUUACCAUACUGUUUUGAUUCUAACCAACAGGACACUGCAGGUGUCACUAUGUCACAAUUUACUAAAUCUAAAAGAGUAUUUUAAAAAAGC